UCGGACUUGUAUAACAGAUUCACAAACGCCAAACGCUGAACUCCUCCUCCUCCUCCUCUUCAGCAUCUUCAUUUCACUGCUGAGUGGAGGAGCAGAGCGACAUGACUUUACACGGAUACCUUUAAACUCCAUGAAUACCCUUCAAAUGGUGACCAGGGAUACUCAAAUCUAAGACGAGUGGUAUAGGCCCAGCUCCUUGGAGAAGUCCGCUUUGGAGUUCACAAUGGGAUUACGCGUAAUUGGCACUCCGCUUUACGCGUAUGCGUGCGUCUAUUCUUUUGUUUUCCUCUUGCGGGCUGUACAAUCUCAGACAAAUCCCGGCACCCAACAAGGAACUAAGCAAAUAGCAUCUCUCCGGCAGACGCUGCAGUGGUCACACAACGGCAAUGUGUUUAGCAUUUUAAGCCAGGGCGCGCAGUAUCAGCCCCCGCGGCGCAGGGGCGCAUCUCAGCAGCAAGUGCAGGCGCGACCUGUCACCAUCAUUCGCGAUGGAGACGCUAGGCACCCGGACACUCCAGGCGACGCGGUGGCCCAGCGGCAGCAAGAGCAGCAGCAGCAGCAGCCUCCUCCCCGGCCGGGGUCCGAGCCGCAGAAGCCCCGCGGGCUCCCGUCCCCGCUCCAGCGGCUCGUGAGAGGCCACGAGCACCGCCAGCAUCGCGACGAGCGUCUCGGCGCGCGCGCGGGGACGCAGGGCAGCAGCAAUGGGACCCAGGAGAAGGUCACCGUCAGUCCGCCUCUGCCCCGGAGAGACGACAUGAUGGUCGGCGACGAUCCCUACGACCCGUAUAAGUCCACUGAUGGAGAUAACCCGUAUUACAAUCAUUACGACGUCUACGAAAGACCGAGCAGGCGAUCGAGACCCGGAUACGGCACAAGUUAUCACCAGUAUGGUCUGCCUGAUCUGGUACCUGACGCAUACUACAUUCAAGCCUCUGCCUAUGUCCAGAGAGUCCCAAUGUACAGCCUGAGAUGUGCAGCUGAGGAGAACUGUUUGUCAAGCUCAGCAUAUUCAUCCAGCAUUCGAGACUAUGACACGCGCAUGCUGCUGAGGUUCCCUCAGCGAGUAAAGAACCAAGGGACGGCAGACUUCCUGCCCAGCAGGCCACGUUACACCUGGGAGUGGCACAGCUGUCACCAGCACUUCCACAGCAUGGAUGAGUUUAGCCACUACGAACUGCUGGACGCCUCCUCGCAGCACUCGGUGGCCGAAGGCCACAAAGCCAGCUUCUGCCUGGAGGACACUUCCUGCGACUACGGCUACUACAGGCGAUUUGCCUGCACCUCACACACCCAGGGCUUGAGCCCAGGAUGUUAUGAUACCUACAACGCGGACAUCGACUGCCAGUGGAUCGACAUCACAGAUGUGAAACCUGGAGACUAUAUCCUCAAGAUCAGCGUAAAUCCAAAUUAUCACGUCCCAGAAUCAGACUACAGCAACAAUGUUGUGCGCUGUAACGUUCAGUACACUGGCAACUACGCCUCCGUGUCCGGUUGUCACAUGUCAUCGUAUUAGAUAACAUAACGUCAUGCACCUGGACUCAGCAAAGAGGUUCUGUAAAUGACGGAGCAGAGGACUGCAUUCGAAAGCAUCUUGAGAUGAAUGCAACAUUAAGAUUUACACAUUUAAAACUUUUAAAUGCUUCCACGUUAGAAACAACAAAGUAGGAAUCAUCUGACGCCAAAGUGGCAGAUAAUGUUGAAUUUCUUUUUUCUUGUUUUUCUCCAUACUGAUAAAGUAUGUUCUUAUCUAAUCUUUUCACAAGAACGUUUUUAAUCUCUUACUUCUAUUGCAUUAUACUGUACGCUUGCGUUGUAUACCACUUGGAGGAUAGAUAAGGAAUAAAAUCCAUUAAAUUUAGAAUCCGAAGAAGUGUGAAUCAGUUUACUAUCAUUUUAAAAUCCAUAUUAUAUCACAAUUUUAAACGAAUCCGCUGUUAAGGAAAUGUAUUUAUAUGCAACAAAAGAAACUCUUUUCUACAAAAAUUGUGUUGAAAAUGAAUUGAAUAAAAUUUGGUGAUAUUGUAUCACUCUUUUGGGCCGA